AGUUUUAGUUACAAAAAUUAAAAAUAAAAUAAUAAAGUGCUUCUGGUGAUUCUUGGAACAGUAUCCUCUGCGAAUGUGAAAAACAACAAAGGAUUUCAAAAACUAAAGAGGAAAGGAAGAUCACAAUGUUCAAUGUUUUAGGUUUUUCGUUGUUGACAAUGGAUUCGGUUGCCUACAGGGGAUUGCUCUACACAUUCUUCAUACUCAAUUUCGUUUUGGUCUGCCAACUCAUUCUCCUUCACCCUCUCGCUUCCGAUGGAAAUCCUGAAAAUGCUGCUGAGUUGUUUGAGCGGGUAUCGCAAAGCGUAAAAGUGAAACACUAUACUGAGGCACUUGAUGAUCUAAAUGCUGCAAUAGAAGCAGACCCAAACCUUUCAAAAGCAUACCUUUUCAGAGCCUCAGUUCUUCGUCAGAUAUGCAGAUAUGAGCAAUCCGAGAGGAGCUACAAACAUUUUCUGGAGUUGAAGCCUGGAGAUUCAGCUGCAGAAAAGGAGCUCUCUCAACUAUUGCAGGCUAAAAGUGCUCUAGAAACAGCUCAGUCCCUCUAUGAUUUGGGCAACUUCUCAAAAUCCUUGGAAUUUAUUGAUAAAGUUGUUCUUGUUUUCUCUCCAGAUUGCACUAAGGCUAAGCUCCUUAAAGUGAAGCUGUUAAUAGCUGAUAAAGACUAUGAGGGUGCCAUUGCUGAGUCAGGGUUUCUUCUCAAGGAAGAUGAAAAUAAUUUAGAGGCAUUGUUGUUACGUGGUCGUGCAUAUUACUAUUUAGCUGAUCAUGAUGUUGCCACGAGGCAUUUUCAAAAAGGUCUUCGCUCAGAUCCAGAGCACAGUGAACUGAAAAAAGCAUAUUUUCGAUUGAAAAAUCUACUAAAGAAGAGUAAAAGUGCUGAAGAUAAUGCGAGUAAGGGUAAACUACGUGUGGCAGUGGAAGAAUUCAAAGUUGCUCUUGCUGUGGACCCUGACCAUCUUGCGCACAAUGUACAUCUUCAUCUUGGCUUAUGUAAAGUGCUAGUCAAGCUUGGCAGAGGAAUAGAUGCCUUGGAAAGUUGUAGUGAAGCUCUUAAGAUCAAUGAGGAACUUGUUGAAGCUCUUGUUCAGAGAGGAGAAGCUAAGCUCUUAAUAGAGGAUUGGGAGGGAGCUGUGGAUGAUAUGAGAUCAGCUGCUCAAAAAUCUCCUCAGGAUAUGAAUAUCCGUGAAGCAGUAAUGAGGGCGGAGAAAGCUUUAAAGAUAAGCAAACGUAAGGAUCACUACAAGACUUUGGGAAUUUCUAAAACUGCUUCUGCUGCUGAUAUAAAACGUGCCUACAAGAAACUUGCCUUACAAUGGCACCCAGAUAAGAAUGUGGACAAAAGAGAAGAAGCAGAAGCUAAAUUCCGAGAAAUUGCUGCUGCAUAUGAGGUUCUGAGCGAUGAAGACAAACGUGUAAGAUAUGACAGGGGGGAGGACCUUGAAGAGAUGGGAAUGGGCGGCGGCGGCGGCGGCGGUUUCAACCCUUUUGGUGGUGGGGGCCAGCAGUUUACCUUUAAUUUUGAGGGGGGCUUCCCUGGUGGUGGAUUUGGAGGGGGCUUUCCUGGAGGGUUUGAAUUUCACUUCUGAUUGGAAAAGCCACACCCCAUAUUUUUUAUAUUCUGAAGGGACCACAUCAAUUUUAUUUCACUAAUCCCUUUCUAACAGUUGUUGAGAUCAAUACGUAGGCCAUCCCCAGUUACUUGUAAGAUAAGAAACAUGCUUUGGAGAAAUUUUUGCUUUAUGCAGAAGUGGUGGGUUUGGGGUUUGAAUGUUAGUUGAGGAGGCAUCAUGGAAUUGCUUCCAAGUUAACACCUUCGCAGUUUUGAGCUACUACUUGAGAUCUAUUUAGUUGCGAACUUCCAGUUAUCUAGUAAAAUUUAAAAUUGAU